AUGACUGAAGCCAAAGCGUGUGAUACUCCUUGCCUUCCUUAUCACCGAUUGCUCAAAGAUGAUGGUCAGCCUUAUGGGAACCCCACCUUGUAUCGCAGUAUUGUCGGAGCUUUGCAGUAUCUGACUUUCACCCGACCUGAUAUUGCAUUUUCUGUGCAUCAGGUUUGUCAAUUUAUGCAAAAUCCAAUGGUGUCACAUUUCACAGCCGUCAAGCGGAUUCUUCGGUACUUGAAGGGUACAAUGCACUUCGGCCUUAGCUAUACUCGGGGAAACUUGAACUUAACAGCAUUUAGUGAUGCUGACUGGGCAGGAGAUCCAAAUGAUCGGCGGUCCACUACCGGUUUGGUUGUGUUUCUUGGUUCCAAUCCUGUGUCUUGGUCCUCUAAGAAGCAACAGACUGUUUCUCGAUCUUCCACUGAGGCUGAAUAUCAUGCUUUGUCAACUACUUCUGCAGAACUUGACUGGAUCAAACAAUUACUGGUGUUUUUGCAGGUUCCCAUUGCUCAGCAACCGGUGCUUUUUUGUGAUAACCUAUCCGCAAUUGCUUUAUCCUUCAAUCCCGUUCAGCAUCAGAGGACCAAACAUAUUGAGAUCGAUGUUCAUUUUGUUCGGGAACGAGUGGCCAAACAACAGCUCUUUGUGCAGUUUGUGUCUUCUAGAGAGCAAUUUGCCGAUAUAUUCACCAAAGGCUUAAGUGCUCCUCUCUUCCAUACUCAUUGUCACAAUCUCAUGCUUGGUUUAUCCCAGCGUGAGAUUGAGGGGGGAUGUUAG